GUCUUUUCUAGUUAUGCAAAUAUAAUUGCCGUUGGGUUAUAGUUAUUAAUUAAAAAAAUACCGAGAAGCCUUUUUGUCAUUGCAGUGACUGACAGUGUUUAUGAUGACUCGCUAUGAAGAAAUUCGUGACGAAGUGGUCUGCCAUGCAGAUUCCAUACCAAACAAGUUGGAUGAGUUUAAAAUCGCGUAUCAGCUUCUAAUCAACUCAAAUCGGGUAACUAGCAAAAUAAGAACUUUUAAAGAUCUAAUUACUGUGUUAGAAAAAAGGUUCUGCUUAUCAGAAGAUAACAUUGAAAUAUUGUACUACAUCACUAGCAGGUUAAAUUUGAAGUCACUGCUGUUAAAGGUAAGAGCGUAUGAAGCAAAUAGCUCUAGGAAAUACGUUGCUAGCAGUGUAAGGGACGAAUUUCAAAACGGCCACAAAUUCAUCCGCCUUGAAACACUUGCCUCAGUGAAACAAUUAGCAGCCAUCCCACCACAGCCAGACUACAAUCUUCACUCGUUCAACCCACGUCAUGGAGCGUGGAGCAGUGGUCCGACUGCUCCUGCCUAUGGUCCUCGAAUACCACCAGAAGCAUUCGAACUUAUUAGUGAAGAAAUCGGAAGUGCUUGGAAACAAUUUGCCCGACUCAUUUCAGUGAAGGAAGGCGAAAUAGAUGAGUUAAUUUCAAGAGAAGAUAUGAGCAUCAAAUUUAAACUUAUAAAAUGUUUGGAGUUAUUCGAAGGACGAACACAAUAUUUCAAAGUCAGAAGUGCAUUGCAGAAAGCUUUGUGUAAUGUCCGGAGAAAUGAUGUGGCAGAAAUAACUGAUCAGGUUCUAAUCAAUGCUGGAUUUUAAGUGGGUUCUGCAAUAUUUUUGUAAUGUUGAGAGAGAUUUUCUUAACCAUGUAAAAUUUACACUUUUAAUUAUAGUUCUGCUUGUAACCAUGGAAAA